AUGAUUGCUCGAGCGAAGGCGCGCCUGCUCCUAGGGGCGCGGCUUCCGGUCUUUGGCCGUCAAGCGCGGACUCAAGGCAAGGGCGUUACAAGCCUGGCAUCCUCGGCAUACUCAGCAGAUGACACGGCGCCAUCGGUCGAAAUCAACUCCGCCUCAACCACAGCGGCGUCAACACCAAAGCUGGGUACAGCCUCUACUCCUUACUUGAGCGCUCACGAUCGCCUACUGCUGUCUCAAAUGCUAAGGGUUGACCAUGCUGGAGAGGUAGCAGCGAAUACAAUCUACGAAGCGCAAGCUGAUGUAUUCAGAAGGCUCGGAGAUUUUCAGACGGAGCAACUCAUGCUCGAAAUGUGGGUCACCGAAAAGAAGCACUUGCGAGUGGUGACCGACAUUCUGCGCCAACAUCGAGUCACGCCGUCCAAGCUUUUGCCAGUAUGGAGUGCUGCAGGAAGUCUGCUCGGUGGUGUGACUGCUCUCCUAGGAAAGGAAGCGGCGAUGGCUUGCACGGAAGCUGUGGAGACAGUCAUUGGGGAGCACUACGACGAUCAGCUGGAUCAUCUGUCGAGUCUGGUGGAUCAGAAUGAUGCCGGCAGUCGAGACACAGGCUUUCCACACGAAGGCGUAGACCCGUCUCUGCCACUGCUUUCCUCAGUCAUCAAGGAGUUUCGUGACGAUGAGCUGGAGCAUCUCGAUACAGCAGUAGAACACGACGCGCAGCAAGCACCCGCCCAUGCUCUGCUCAGCGCCGUAGUUGGUUGGGGGUGCAGAGCGGCCAUACAAGUUGCCGGUCGAUAUUGA